GCCUCGUCGAGCUCGAUUGGUCAUGUCUGGAGCCGGUCCGUCCCAUAUUGUCUUCCCCCUUUCCCGCGAGUGUGGCUGCGCGGCGUGUGUGAGUUACAAGAAGAUGUAACUGUAGUACAUUGAAGUAAUACACUUUAAAUACAACACGUCAUCAGGAUGACUUCGACGGAAGGUUUUUGUCCCAGUGCGGAGGAAAUGGAGAAAUGGAUGAACAUCGCCUUCGACAUGGCCCGGGACGCCCUGCAGAGCGGCGAGGUGCCCAUCGGCUGCCUGCUGGUCCAUGACGACGAGGUCGUGGGUCGAGGUCGCAACGAGGUCAACGAGACCAAAAACGCCACUCGUCAUGCCGAGCUCGUGGCUCUGGACCAGCUGCUGCUCCGCUGCCGCCGGCUCCGCUUGGCUCCGCCCACUGUGUGUCGGCGCACGGCGCUCUACGUCACCGUGGAGCCGUGCGUCAUGUGCGCCGCCGCCCUGCGCCUCCUCCGUAUCCCCCUGGUGGUGUUCGGCUGCAGUAACGAGCGGUUCGGGGGUUGUGGGUCGGUUCUGGACGUCUCCUCGGCCCGGCUGCCCGACACCGGGUCCUCCUUCAAGUGUGUUUCCGGGCUCAGAGCUGAAGAAGCCGUUGAGAUGCUGAAGGCGUUUUAUAAGCAGGAGAACCCAAACGCCCCUAAACCCAGGAGCAGGAAGGAGUGACCUCUUCCAGACCGUCGGCUGUAUUUUCAGUUUUCUUGUUUUAUGUGAAAUAAAAAGUCGUUUUAAGUC